CAUGCGCAGAGUGUCGCCCCUAACAACAUAACGAACCAUAAGCGUGUUUACGGAGUUAAAGUUAAACAGUGAAGGUUUGAAAGGAAAGGAAAGGCUUCGUGCAAAGAGUAGAGGGAUGAAGUUCCCUGUGGAUCUCCUGGCUGAUGUUAGCCAGACAGAGCUGGAACACUUAGCCCACAACUGCAUGAACAACCUCCUCUACAGCAACCCAGAUUCUCCUGAAUGCCUAACCCUCUCUGACUCUACCCAGGUCACCAUAGACAUUUCCAGUGUGGGCUUUGUUCCUCUGUAUGGAUCCAGUGAUAAACAGAAGAUCCUGGCCCUCUUUUCCCCCAGUGACCCAUUCACUGCUGUGGCUCUGUACCUACUGGACCAGUGGUGGGCAGUCGACGAUAUUCUCAAGACCGCAGACCCUGCUCGACACGGAGCUGUGGAGGUGGAGACAGUAGGAGAGAGAAUAGUUUUAUACAUCCUUAAUCGUGUCAUCUAUAGAGCCAAGGAGAUGAGCUCUGAUGAGCUUCCCUUCCUUUGCCAUGGAGAAAAAGAUCAUGCAAAAAUCCUCUGGAAUAAUGGAGAGGCAGUUGGCUUCUACUCAGUCAAACCCUCAGGCAGCUUAUGUAAUUCUUUUUCAACCAGAAGCUAUCAGCUCCCUGUGAUGGACUCCAUAUUUGUCCGAAAAUGUCAGCGUGGUAAAGGCUUCGGCCUCCAGAUGCUCGAGGACUUUGUGCUUAGUUUCAAAGAGGACUGUCUGGGGUUGAGGUACCCCCUUUCACCAUCCAUGUAUAAAGUGUGUGAGAAGUACCUGUGUCAGUAUCCAGGAGACACAGGCCUGCUGUGGGAGGUGGAGGGCAUAGGUGGGCCCAACCAGAGGACAAAUAUUGCCAGUAGGAUUCAGGCCAUGGAGCAGAGUGCAGUAUCCAAGAACCUGUCAUUCACAGAAGAAUCACUUGUGAUUACCCAAAUGACCGGAAAGGGUGUGGCGAUGGAGGCAGUUACCACUCAGAUAAAAGAUGCUGAAUCAGUGGAAUGCACUGUUGAAAUUGUGGAGGAAGUGACAGUACUGAGCGCUACCAUAGAGGCCGAAGUGCCCCUCACAGCCAGGGGGAGGAGCAGUGGCUCAAAACGAAGGAAAACAGGAGAAAAGAUUGCAGAGGACAAGCCAGAAAAAGUACUCAGAAUUGAGGAUAUUGAAGCAGAAACUCCCAGAGGGGAGCAAGUUUCUGCGCAACAGGAGACAGAACUGCAUAAUGUCUCUGAAUUGGUACAGACUGAGGGUAUGAUCAGUGUGGCUCCUGAAGGACAAGGAGAGGAUGCAGUUGAUACUGUACCUGAAGAAACAGUUCGUGUGUUGGACCAACCAGCCACUGUCUUAGCCCCACAAGACCUAGAGGAAGCUGAUGUUACAUUAGCACCAGUGACUGAAGAGCCACAAGUAGAAAAUGAUACCCCACAGGAUCUGACCAACACAUCCCAUGGCUCACAGAUAACGGUUGAGAAUGUGGCAUCAGAAAUUGAGGAAGCAGAGAAAGAGUAUCAGAAAGAAGACACUGCAGUGCUAGUUGUUUCUGAAGAGGUUUUGGAGGUACACAAGGGAGCAGAAACUCUGGACAAAGUAGGAGAGAAAACUCAAAUUGGGGACACUGGUGAAAAGUUAGAAAAAAAAGUUACACAACAUGAGGUGAGUCUGUUAACAUAUGCAACAUCAGAGGAUGGUGAAGCUGGAAGAACUGGAAAAACAAGGAGAACUGUUGUAAAGGCCAUAAAAACUGUACAGAGUGAAACCCCCAGACGGAGAUCUAAGCGGCAGCACAAGCUACAGGAGGGGUUAAAGGAGGAAUCUACAGUCCAGGGUGGAGACUUAAUUUUGAGAGGAAGAACUGUUACAAAGACCCCCACACCUAAACGCAAAAAUCCCUGCUGCAGCCAGAAAGUAAGUGAAGAACUAGAGAAAGAGGCCAAUGAAGUGGCAGACGAGAAUGAAGUUUCCACAACUGAUGUAGUGGAAGAGUCAGCUGUAAUUGAGAGAGAGCAAGAAGAAAUGACAUCUGUAAAAAGGGAUGUAGUUGAUGUGGAAGAAUUAACAGAAGAAAAGCAACAGCUCAAAGAUGAACAACUAGCAAAUGAAGGGGAGGCAAAGAAACAACAUCAGCCUGGGGUGGAAGACACUGUAGUGAAGGGAUGUUCCACAGAGCUUCCCAAUAUAGCAGAAACUGCAUUGACAAAGGAAAAUGAGGAUGAAAAAGUUACAGAUGAAUCUCAGAAAAUACAAAAAGGCAAGAAGGUAGAAACAUCAGUGAUAGGGGAUAAACAAGAUGUCUCUGAUGAUGAGAUACAGGAGCCCCCUGUUGCACAGAAGAGAGCCUUGACUGGCAGACUUAAAGUCACUCCCAAACCUCAGCCCACAAGACAAAGCAAAAGACAUCAGAAACAAAAGGCAGAGCACACAGAUGAAGCUGACCUGGAAACAGGAGGUUAUGCUGGUGAAGAGAAAGCAGAUGAACAACCGACAGAAAAACAGAUGGAUGAACACCACAAGGAUGAACAAGAGGAGACUGCUGACAAAACAGAAAAAGAUAUAUCAAUAGAGGAAACAACUGUUUUGAAAAAAAGUCGAAUUCCACAGACAGAGAAGACAGCAGAGGAUGUUAUACCUUCAACUGAAGUAAAUGUGGAAGGGACCAAGGAAGUACAAGAAAUGGAAGAGACUGAGGGAGAAGCAGAAAAGGAGAAAGAGUCAGUCAGUGUCUUCAGGAAGGGAGGGUGUUCUGCUGCUGCCACAGCUAGACUUAAAAUAGCCCACACACAGUGUCAGACAGAGGAAGAAGGAGAAGAAGAAACUGAAGAGACUGAAAGAGAGGAAGAAGAGACAGGGCAGGAAUUGUCUGAGGAGAAAGGGGAGGGGGUAGGGGAAGAAGAAAAGAGUGUGGAAAUGGAGAAAGACAAAGAUGUGGAAGAUGAAAUUGAGAGGGUGGCCGGGGAAGAAUCUGCCAUAGGUGACACAGAGCAGAUGAAAGAUGUCUCAGCAGAGGAAGCAGCAGUGCUUGAAGAGGAGGACAACAGUGUAAAAGCUGUUGAUGAGAUCAGUACUCACACAGUCCAGAUUUCACCAGCUGAGGUAGAAGAGAGGAACUCAGCUAAGGAAAGGCAAACCACAGUUCUAGAAAUACCUACUGGUGCUACUGAAGUGGGAUCAGACACUGCCAUCACUGAAGAAGAGGAACUAGUAGGAGAUGCAUCUGUGGUGCCAGAAGAAGAAGCCCCAGCCAUAACAACAAGAGCUCAUAGGAGCAAAAUAAAAACUUCACCUACCACACCAUCACGAUCCAAAAGACAGAAAGACCAAGGAGUUGUGGAGACUCAGCAACAGGAAGAGGAAAACCCUGAAGAAGAACAAGAUCAUGAGGUAACUAAUGCUUCACCUCCAAGAUUUGUACGACAAAGGCCAAGAGUGGACUCAAGUGUAAAAGGGGAAGUGGAUGAGCAAGGUGAGACUGAGGCAGCCACUGACAAGGAGGAAUCAGAUGAUGACGAAGACAACAAGGAAGCUAAAUUUUCUGCAGAUGAACCGAAAGAGAAGCUAGACAAUUUAGAUAUAGAUAAUGAGGUAGAGACAACUGGUAUAAGUCAAAAGGAUGAGGACAAUGAGCAGAACAUGUCAGAGGAAGAGGUGGAGCCUAUAGUGAUUGGAAAGAGAGUUUUAAGAGGGAGGUCACUGCCUUCAGUAACAGUCACACCCCAGCCAAAAUCCAGAAGGUGCAGGGCAAGAGCUCCAAAAGCAGAGGAGUCUUUGUCUGAUGAAGAAAUGAGCACUAAGUUAGCUCAGGCAGAAGAAAAUGCACAGCCAGACGUUGAGAUGGAAAAGCUAGAAGCUGUGGCACAGGAAUCGGUCACAGAGCAAGAGGCAGUGAAAGAGGAACAGUCUGCUGUAUCAGAGACAUGUGCAGAGGGACAGGAAGUGGCUUCUGUUGGAGAAAGUUCUGAAAAGACACCUAAUUCAGACAAGGGAAUGGUUACUGAUAAGGCAGAAGCACCGCCUGUUGAAACAGUAGUUCGUAGAAGUGGUGAAAAGACAGUGAGAACCACAAGAAGCAAAACCACAAAAAGACAAGAUGAUGAGCAAAAACAGUCGGCUGUUAAGAAAAGCACAGAAGAAGGUGAGCUGGCAGUAGAAACAAGAUUUUUUAGGAGGGGAAGGAGGUCUGCUGCUGCCACAGCUAAACAUAAAUCCAAAAGAGCCUGUCAGACAGAGGAAGAAGGAGAAGAAGAAAGUCAUCCUGCUGAAGAGACUGGAAGAGAGGAAGGAGAGACAUGGCAGAAAUUGCCUGAGGAGAAACGGGAGGAGGUAGAGGAAGAGGAAGAGAGUGUGGAAAUGGAGAAAGACAAAGAUGUGGAAGAUGAAGUUGAGAGUACAGCUGGGGGAGAAUUUGCCGUAGGAGAUGCAGAGCAGAUGAAAGAUGCGUCAACAGAGGAAGCAGCAGUGCUUGAAGAGGAGGACAACAGUGACAAAGAUGUUGAUGAGAUCAGUACUGACACAGUACAGAUUUCACCAGCUGAGGUAGGAGAGACUAACUCAGCUGAGGAAGAGGAAACCACGGUUCUUGAAAAACCCACUGUUGCUCCUGAUGUGGGAUCAGACACUGCCAUUGUAACUGGUGUGGCGGGUGAUGUGAUACAAGAGCCUGAUACUGUGGCUGCUACUUUAGAAGCAGUCAUACCUGAUAUAGUUCUAGGUGAGGCUGAUGCAUCAGCAGCUGGAGAGCCUCAGGAAAAGGACAUUGGCUCUGAAAUCCCCAAGCUCCAGAAAGCCACUAUUAUCUUAGUAGACAUAAAAACAACCUGUCAUCAUCUUAGUGUAAAGGAGGCAGAAGAAACACCAGUUGCCAGAGUGCAUGCUGCUUCAGAAAAGCAACAGGAAGAGGAGAAUGGAGAUAAACAGGAGAACAUUAAAGAAAAACCUGUAGAGGCAACUGUAGAGACAGAGACUUCCAAGAAAGAAGAGCUUGAAGAAGACAAUACUGAAAAAGAAAAGGAUGAAUCUGCUGAUGUGAGGAAGUAUGCAGAGGAAGCACUGGUUACUGAAAAACAAACAGUUGAAUCAAGCUGUGAAUCAACAAGUAGAAGUGACCAGCAAAAGGAGGAAGACAACACAGGUGAGGGUUUAACAAAAAAUGAGUUGGAUGAAGUAGAAACAGGUACUGAUGAGGUGGAAGAAGAGAUGGAAUCUGUGGAUAAGGAUGCAGUUAUAGUAAUAGUUCCAGUGGAGAAGAAGCAGUCUGCAGUUUCUGAGAUAUGUAGAGAAGCAGACAUUCCAGCAGGAGAUGAUGCUGAAGGGAAUCUUCCACCAGCUGAGGUAGAUAAAGCAAUGAGCUCGGAAGAAGAAGAAGAAGCAUCAGUUGUUGAAACCAGAGCUCUGAAGCGUCAAACAAAACCAAGCAAAGCUACACCAAAACGCAAAAGCACCAGAAGAAGAAAGCAAGGUGAUGCACAAGAAGAAGACAACAACAACAGGGAAGAACAACUAGCAGUGACAACGAGAACACUGAGGAGUGGCAGGAUAUCUGCUUCUGACACACAAAAAGGCAAAUCCAGAAGAAGCUGCAAACAAAUCCAGGAAGGAGGGCAAAAUGUAGAAGAGAAAACUCAAAGUGUCAACAAAACAAGGGUAGAAGAAGAUGAGGCUGUAGAACCAGCUAUAGAAAAGACAGAUAAAGAGAUGGAGGACAAAGAUAAGAUAGUAGAAAAGUUUAAGGAGGAAGCUGCCACUGAAAGAGUGGAAGACUUAGAACCAGAAAUAGAUAUGGAGGAUGGGAAAGCAGUAACAAUGCAAGCACAAGAUGGAGUGGAAGAGCAAUUAGAAAGUAUAUUCAAAACAUUUGCAGAAAAGGAGGUGGAGGCUUCAGGUGAAGAAUGUGAUGAAAGGAAACCAGCUAUGGGGCGUGAGGAAAUGGAGCUACUGCCAGAUGCUGUCACCAGAUCUCUGAGAAGUGGUCAAAAGAUGUCCAAAGCUUCACCAAAAAACAAGUCCAGACAAAGCAAAAAACAGCAAGAUGAAAUGAAGGAGGGGGGGGUAUCUGCAGAAAAGAGCACUGAUGGAAAUGAACCUCCAGCAGAAACAAGAAUUUUGAGAGGGGGAAGGAAGUCUGUUUGCGGAAUACACAAACAACUCAAGAAAGAGGAAGACGGAUUGAAGGAGUCAGGUGAGGAAGCAGGGGUAGUGGAAGAAGAAGAGGCAAGGCUGGGAUCAGUCAAAGAGCCACCAACAGAAGCGGAUGAGGGGAAGGUCCCAGAGGAGGAUAAAACAGAGAUGGAGAAUGAAGAAUUUGUUCCUGUAGAAGUGAGAAAAGGAGUGUCAGAAGAGGGAACGAUGGAAAUUACUGAAGAUGAAGAGAACACAGCUGGAGACGCAGCUGAUGCAGAUGAGUUAGUACAAGGAGAGACUGACACACAAUUACCCGAACUAGCUACGGACUCCGCUGUACUUUCACCUAGUAAAGAAGAGGCAACACAUUCAGCAGAGGAUCAACAGAGUGAAGAAAUGGCACCCAAGCUUUCUGAUCUCCAAAGACUGACUGUGGUUUUAGUGGACGUGCAAAAAAAACAUCAUGACAUUAAGGAAGUAACAGCAGCUGCCAGGCUGGGGGGUUCUGUACAAAAGACUGCCACUACCGCAGAAGAGGAGCAGAAAGAAGAAGGAGCGGCAGAGGAGAAAGUUACUGGGUUCCCUUUGGGAACAGAAAAAAAUGAGCUGGAGAAGGUGAUAGUGGAAGAGGAAGAAUUUCAGGAUGAUGUGGAAGCAGUCACAACAAAAGAUACAGGGGAGGGGAUAGCUGAGGAGACAGCUAAAGAAGAGGAGGCUAAAAGUAUUAAUGAUGAGCAGGAGCCUAUAAUCACCGAAACUAAAACAUGUAGAAGUAAAAAGCAAGCAGUCAAAGCCACACCAAGUACCAAAUUAGCAAGAAGCGGACAGAAAAAGGGUGAACUAGCAAAGGAGGCUUCAACAAUUCAGAAAGUUCAAACAGUUCAAACAGUUCAAAUAAGGGUUCUGAGGAGGGGAAGGAUGUUUAGGCCUGUCACACAAAAAUGUGCAACAAAAAGAACCCACAAGCAGCUCCAGGAAAGAGAGGAAGUAGAGGGAGGAGAGAAAUCUACAGCAGUUAAGGACAGAGUGGAAGAACAGAAACAACAGCAGGUGAUUGAUCAAGAGAAGAAAGAGAAACUUAAAGAACGAGAUGUAACUGAACAAGUAGAACAGAUAGAAGCAGAAAUGGGCAUGGACAAAGAGAAUACUUUUGCAGAGGAAGCUGUCAUACAACAAGAGGAGGAACAACUCAACAGCACUGAGACAGCUGGAAAUGAGGAAACAGGGGCUUCAGCUGGACAGCAUGCUGAUGAGGGAAAGGCCCCAGAUGUUGCAGAGGAAGCAGUCCCAACACAAGAUACAGUGGAGGGGGAACAGUUGACCUCUGCAUCGAAGGAAGUGGAAAGUGCAGCUGGAGUAAGUACACAAGAGACACUGUUGACAGCAAAGGAUGACAAGGCAAACAAUGUGUCUGAGAAGGAGGAAGCAACAGUUACUGAAAGAGUUCUGAGAAGUGGUGAAAAGACAGUGAGAGACACAAGACGCAAAACCACAAAAAGACAAAAAGAUGAGCAAGAAGAGACAGCUGUUGAGAAAAGCACAGAAGAGGAUGAGCUGACAGUAGAAACAAGAAUUUUGAGGAAGGGAAGGAGGUCUGCUGCUGCCACAGCUAGACAAAAAUCCAAAAGAGCCUGCACACAGUGUCAGACAGAGGAAGAAGGAGAAGAAGAAACUCCUCCUGCUGAAGAGACUGGAGGAGAGGAAGGAGAGACACGACAGGGAUCGCCUGAGGAGAAAGGGGAGGAGGUAGAGGAAGAGGAAAGGGGUGUGGAAUUGGAGAAGGACAAAGAUGUGGAAGAUGAAGAAGUUGAGAGUGCAGCUGGGGAAGAAUUUGCCAUAGGAGAUGCAGCACAGAUGAAAGAUGCCUCAACAGAGGAAGUAGCAGUGCUUGAAGAGGAGGAUAAAAGUGAUAAAGAUGUUGAUGACAUGAAUACUCACACAGUCCAGAUUUCAUCAGCUGAGGAAGAGGAAACCACAGUCAUAGAAAAAGUUACUGAUGCUACUGAAGUGAGAUCUGACACUGCCCUUACUGAAGAAGAAGAAAUAGUAGGCGAUGCAUCUGAGGUGCCAGAAGAAGAGGCCCCAGCCACAACAAGAGCUCCUAGGAGCAAAAUAAAAACUUCACCUGCCACACCAUCACAAAGAUGCAAAAAACUGAAAGACCAAGGAGUAGUGGAGACUCAGCAGCAGGAAGAAGAAGACCCUGAAGAAGAACAAAAUUAUGAGGUAACUAAUGAUUCACCUCCAAGAUCUGUACAAAAAAGGCCAAGAGUGGACUCCAGUGAAAAAGGGGAGGCAGAUGAGCGAAGUGAGACUGAGGCAGCCACUGAGAAGGAGGAAUCAGAUGAUGACAAAGACAACAAGAAAGCUAAAUCUUCUGCAGAUGAACCAAAAGAGAAGCUAGACAAUUUGUAUACAGAUAGAGAGGUAAAGACAGUAGGUAUAAGUCAAAAGGAUGAGGACAAUGAGCAGGAUAUGUCAGAGGAAGAGGUGGAGCCUAUAAUGAUUGGAAAGAGAGUUUUAAGAGGGAGGACAGUUGCUGCAGUAAUAAUCACACCUCAGCCAAAAUCCAGAAGGCGCAGUGCUAAAGCUCAAACAGCAGAGGAGUCUUUGUCUGAUGAAGAAAAGAACAUUCAGUUAGCUCAGACGGAAGAAAAUACAGAGCUAGAAGUUGAGAUGGAAAAGGUAGAUGCUGUGGUACAGGAAUCAGUCACAGAGCAAGAGACAGUGGAAGAGGAACAGUCUGCUGUAUCAGAGACAUGUGCAGAGGGACAGGAAGUGGCUUCCGUUGGGGAAAGUUCUGAAAAGACACCUAAUGCAGACAAGGGAAUGGUUACUGAUAAGGCAGAAGCACUACCUGUUGAAACAGUAGUUCGUAGAAGUGGUGAAAAGACAGUGAGAACCACAAGAAGCAAAACCGCAAAAAGACAAGAUGAUGAGCAAGAAGAGUCAGCUGUUGAGAAAAGCACAGAAGGGCUGGCAGUAGAAACAAGAAUUUUGAGGAAGGGAAGGAGGUCUGCUGCUGCCACAGCUAGACAAAAAUCCAAAAGAGCCUGCACACAGUGUCAGACAGAGGAAGAAGGAGAAGAAGAAACUCCUCCUGCUGAAGAGACUGGAGGAGAGGAAGGAGAGACACGACAGGGAUCGCCUGAGGAGAAAGGGGAGGAGGUAGAGGAAGAGGAAAGGGGUGUGGAAAUGGAGAAAGACAAAGAUGUGGAAGAUGAAGUUGAGAGGGCGUUCGGGGGAGAAUCGGCUGUCGGAGAUGCAAAACAGAUGAAAGAUGCGUCAGCAGAGGAAGCAGCAGUGCUUGAAGAGGAGGACAACAGUGUGAAAGCUGUUGAUGACAUCAGUACUCACACAGUCCAGAUUUCACCAGCUGAGGUAGGAGAGACUAACUCAGCUGAGGAAGAGGAAACCACAGUCCUAGAAAAACCCACUGCUGCUACUGAAGUGGGAUCUGACACUGCCAUUACUGAAGAAGAGGAAUUAGUAGGCGAUGCAUCUGUGGUGCCAGAAGAAGAGGCCCCAGCCAUAACAACAAGAGUUCUUAGGAGCAAAAUAAAAACUUCACCUGCCACACCAUCACGAUCGAAAAGACAGAAAGACCAAGAAGUAGUGGAGACUCAGCAGCAGGAAGAAGACCCUGAAGAAGAACAAGAUCAUGAGGUAACUAAUGAUUCACCUCCAAGAUCCGUACGAAAAAGGCCAAGAGUGGACUCCAGUGAAAAAGGGGAGGUGAAUGAGCAACGUGAGACUGAGGCAACCACUGACAAGGAGUAAUCAGAUGACGACAAA